GCCGCCGCCGCCGCCGCCUCUGUCCAGCCCGGGUACCGGCCAUGGUCGUCGUCUUGCCGGAUGCGCUUGUGACCGUCUCGGACACGCAAUACUAAGAACUCGUUGCCAUCUCCUUUCCCAGUCCAGUGGGCAGUUACCACCUCGGCUCACUUGGGCUUGUUUAACUGCUGCUUCUCUUGACUGCCCGACUUUGGGGGCACCAUGGACCAAAGUGGGAUGGAGAUUCCUGUGACGCUCAUCAUUAAAGCACCGAAUCAGAAAUACAGUGACCAGACUAUCAGCUGCUUCUUGAACUGGACGGUGGGGAAACUGAAAACGCACCUGUCUAACGUGUACCCUAGCAAACCAUUAACAAAGGAUCAGAGAUUGGUGUAUUCAGGCAGACUGCUUCCCGAUCAUCUGCAGCUGAAAGACAUUCUCAGAAAACAAGAUGAGUAUCAUAUGGUUCAUCUAGUAUGUACUUCUCGGACUCCUCCCAGUUCUCCAAAAUCUUGCACCAGUACAGAAAAUCAUGAAGCAUUGGCAUCCAGCAGCAAUUCUAGUUCCGAUCAUUCAGGAUCAACAACUCCAUCAUCCAGUCCAGAAACCUUGUCUGUAGGUGCCAGUUCUUCCUCAGAAGGACUGAGGCAACGCACAACCCUUCCACAAGCACAAACUGACCCUGCAGAGAGUCAUCAGUUCCCAUAUGUCAUGCAAGGAAAUGUAGACAACCAGUUUCCUGGGCAAGCAGUUGCUGCUGGGAUCCCGGUAUAUCCUGCUCUCAGUCCACUGCAGAUGCUGUGGUGGCAGCAGAUGUAUGCUCAUCAGUACUACAUGCAAUAUCAAGCUGCAGUUUCAGCUCAGGCCACAACAAAUGCCAACCCAGCCCAGCCUACUGCUCCACAGCCUCUAAAUUUGGCACACGUUCCUGGAGAAGAACCCCAGCCAGCUCCAAACCUAGUGGUUCAAGAAAACCGGCCCGUGAAUGAGAAUGUUCAGAUGAAUGCCCAGGGAGGUCCAGUGAUAAACGAGGAAGACUUCAAUCGAGACUGGCUAGACUGGAUGUAUACGUUCUCACGAGCUGCAAUUCUCCUUAGCAUUGUGUACUUCUAUUCCUCUUUCAGUCGGUUUAUCAUGGUAAUGGGAGCCAUGCUACUGGUGUAUCUACAUCAAGCCGGAUGGUUUCCUUUUAGGCAAGAAGGAGGUCAGCACCAGGCUGCCAACAAUCACGCUGAUGGUCAUAAUGAUGGGCAAAAUGCAAAUAACCUAGAGCUAGAAGAAAUGGAGCGUCUUAUGGAUGACGGGCUUGAAGACGAGAGUGGGGAAGAUGCCGGGGAAGGCGGCAGUGCAAUUCAAAGGCCUGGACUGAUGGCUUCAGCGUGGUCUUUUAUCACGACCUUCUUUACUUCACUGAUACCAGAAGGGCCUCCCCAAGUUGCCAAUUAGCCCUGAAAAACUGUGCCAGCCGCAAAGGAGGGUUUGACUUUAGGAAAGUGUUUUAAAUAACAGUGCAAUUUCAAAAAAAUUUAUAACUUUCUUUUGAUCAUGUACAGAAGUGUUUUUUCUUUAAGCUUCUCAUGCAUAUGAAUAUUUUAAGCACAAAUGGACUACUAAAUGUGUGAUUAUUAUUAUUAUUAUUAUUAUUAUUUUCAAGAUUCUAACAGAAGAUAGUAUAACAAUCCUGGCUUUCCAGGUUUCACUUGUUUUAAUUAUGUACAUUAUGCCAAGACAGACCUGUUUGUGUGUCUUAUUUCUUUAAAGAGCUGCUUCACAUAUGAAUGUCUAUGGUUAGUAGGCUAGGCCCUUCAGUGUAAUUUGAUUAGAUUAUUUUCUGUGAAUUAUUGUAAAAUUUUAAACAGAAUGACCUCAUAGUUUUUAACAAGGAAUAUUAUUUACCUAAAAUGUGCUAGUAGCAUUCUGCCCAGCCAUAAAGCAAUAAACUCAAUAAUCUUAAUUUUGAAAUUUGAAUAAAUUAAUGGAAUCUUUCUAUUUUAAGGGCAUGUAUCACAUAAUUGGAAUUAGUACCAUUUAAAAAAGGCAGCUCUCAUGUGGAAUUAACAGUGAUAAUGUUUGAUACAGGCAGUACUUUUUUAAAAUGAGAUAUGCUGGAAAUCACUUCCUGUAAUUUUUUUAAUAAAAAACGAACAAUUACGGUAAA